UUUGUCCUAUAACAGAAACUUGGUUCUCUGUUCUUCUUCUUCCCUUGCAAGUUGCUACACGCUCAUUAGAUUACCUUGCUCCAUCCUCCUACUAAAUUCAUCUAUCCAAAUUUCCUUGGAUUUCAAUUUUUCAAUUGAGCGUUGAGAUUCAAGGACAUCUAUCAAAUAUCUAACUUUUCAAAUCUUAAAAUUUUCAUCUUGUUGGGUUUUCGAUUUUUCCCCAAAUUUCCUUGCCUUUCAUCAUCCCACUCAUUUUCUUCAUUUGGGUAUCUUUUGAAAAUGGGCAAAAAUCAAGCUUACAAAUCUAUGCAAAGAGCCAGGGUGGGAUCCAGCACCGCUGCUCCUGAUGAAAUUGAAGAUGGCAUGGUGGAUGGUUCAUUUCAUACACCAGAGUGGCAUGCUGCUCGGUUGGCAAGCUUGAACACCUCGCACACAGUCACAUGGGAAGAGUUCAAACAGAAGCAGAAGGAGGAUGCAUUGAAAAGGGGUGAACUAGAAGCUGAUAAAGACAGAAUGAUGAGAGAAUACAGAGCUCAAUUAGAUGCCGAAAGAGAGCGGAAACUUUCUCAAGGAAGAAAUCAUUCGAGUAGCAAAUCAAAACACAGAAAAGAUAAAGAAAAGAGUUCCAAGAGGCGUAACAGCAAAAAGAGAAAGCACUCGCGGAGAAAAUCUUCAGAUUCAAGCUCCUCAAGCUCUUCUGAAUAUUCAAGCAGUGAUGACGAAGAAAGAGAAUCAAGAAGGUCAAAAUCUAGGUCUAAGAAAACGAGGAAGGAAAGGAAGCAUAGGUCUAGAAGUAAGAAUUGUAGUAGUGAUGACGAGGCGGAUGGCCCUUUGCCGCUUUCUAGGUUCUUUGGCAGCGUAAAGAGCUCGUGAACCAAAGUAGAAGAGCAUUUCCGAACUGCUAACAUUUUAGUUAACCUGUAAGUGUAUGUAUCUUUAGACAGAAAGAGAAGUGGGAAUUAUUUAACAUGUCUAUAUACCAUCUUGUGCUGUCUGUGGGUGGAUAUUGAAGCAGACAUGAAUUACUCCCUCAAAACUGUUGAUUUUUCUCUAUUUAUCCCCAAGAAAUAAUGGUAAUUGGCUACUCUUUUGAGUC